AUGAGUCAGUUUCUGGGUCGUCAGGACUCUAUUGAAAGCCUGAGGAAAGACGUCGUCGACCUCCAAGGUGCUCUAUUGGACGUUUUUUCCAGAACCGGACCGGUUCGCUUCACUUCCUGGAAGUUCCCCGAUAAACUCUCAUGUAACCUAGACAUGGUAGCUCUGCUGGAGAAAUACGAUUUUGUGGAUGGGGAGGAUGCGUACAAUCAGCACUCUCACAUUGUGUUACUGGAACUGUUGGUUGACAGGUAA